UGCUCCAGCAACUCAGCUGGCCAGAACCGGCUAGGGCCUCCCUCCCACUCCGCAGCAGGAUCCAGGAACUUGGCCCUAUUGGGCAAUCAUUAAUCGGAUUCUUGGCAUUCCUCUGCCCCUGGCCAGCAUGCUUCCCACCAGAGCCGGAGCAGACACUCAGGACUGGCAUUCGGACAUGCAGCUGGCCAGCAGGCUGGUGCUGUCCGCAGCUGCGCUGCUCCUGGUAACGGCGGCUUACAAACUCUACAAGUCCAGGCCUGCCCCUGCCGGGCAAGCGGGGAGAAAUAACAAGAGCCACAAAGCGGAAGAUGAAGCGGAGGGCUCGGGGCGAGCUGCCUUCCAGGGGGCUCCUCCAGGGACCCCGCCAAGGGGGCCAAGACGCAGGAAGGCCAGCAAGGGGCCUGGGACCCCACUGGACCACAGCUUGGAGGACCCAGGAGACUCCUGCCAACUGGUCGCCUCCAGAUCUGGGGAGUCCACAAGAAAAGGCUCUGAUGAGAAUCAGAGAGGGCAGAGCCCAGAUUCUCAGCAGGUGCCUCCACCCUGCAGUGGUCAGGAAGCCGGAACAGCUGUUAGAGGUAAGCCCAACCCUCCCCACCUCCCUCAUCUGGGCUGUGAACCUACAAGCUCCCCAGCCAGACUUUCUCCAGAAGUGGGCGGCAGCUGUGUGGGUGACAAGCUCUCUCCAUGGCCAGACGGCAGACCCCCAGAGCAAACAGGGUCUAGAGACCCAGGAGCCCCCAACUGUUGCACUGAUCCCACAGUGGUCAGCCGUGACAUGAACCAGAGAUGGGUCUUCACCCAUGUGACAGGGGUCAGCAGGGGAGAGGCUGGGACCAUCCAGGCUGCUGCAGACAUGGGCCUGGCCACACAGCAGCAGGAAGGAGCCACCAAUGCCUCCUACACCUUCUCAUCUGUGGCCCGGAUCCGGAUGGAGGAGAAUAUUAUACAGAAGGCCAAGGGACCAGGGCCUGAGCUGAAGGGCAGAGUAUAUGACUACUUUGUGGAGUCCACAUCGAAGGCUGUCUCCAGGCCGCUGGUCCCCUGCACAGCAGCUCUGGCUGAUGCUCCAUCCCCUGGGUCUGGGCCAGAGCCCCUGGUCACAGGAGCAGACUCCAGAGGCCAAGCUGAUAAUACAGAGGAUGCAGCUGAGGUAGUGCCAACCCCCUCUGCACCAGGCUUCAGCAGAAAGGUGAGUCUCUUGCAGAUCGCUGAGAAUCCAGAGCUCCAACUGCAGCCUGAAGGCUUCAGGACGCCCCCUCCUGCCCACCUGGACCAGAAAGCCCAGAUCAAUUCAGCCUGCAGCCACGGGGAGCCCCAUGUGCAGCUUGUAGCUGGGACCAAUUUCUUCCACAUCCAGCUCACCCCUGCUUCAGCCCAGGAUGUCCGCCUGGACCUGGGCAACUGCUAUGAGGUGCUGACCUUGGCCAAGAGGCAGGGCCUUGAGGCCCUGAAGGAAGCAGCCUACAAGGUGAUGAGUGAUAACUACCUCCAGGUCCUCCGCAACACAGACAUCUAUGGGGGCCUGAGUGGGGCAGAACGGGAACUGAUCCUCCAGCGACGGUUUCGUGGCCACAAAUGCCUGGUGGUGGCCGAUGUGUGUCCCCAGGAAGACAGUGGCCGCCUCUGUUGCUAUGACAAUGUGCAGGAUGCCUGGCACCUGCUGGCUCAGCUGCCCAUGGAGGCCAUGUCCCGGGGCUGUUCUGUCUGUACUCUGUUCAAUUAUCUGUUUGUGGUGUCUGGCUGCCAAGGACCUGGGGGCCAACCCUCCAACCGGGUCUUCUGCUACAACCCCCUGACUGAAAUCUGGAGUGAGGUAUGCCCAUUGAAUCAGGCCCGGCCGCACUGCCGGCUGGUGGCCCUGGAGGGGCACCUCUAUGCCAUUGGAGGUGAGUGUCUGAACACAGUGGAGCGUUAUGACCCUCGAGUGGACCGCUGGACCUUUGCUCCACCACUCCCCAAUGACACAUUUGCCCUGGCACACACAGCCACGGUGUGCGCCAAGGAGAUCUUUGUCACUGGGGGCAGCCUACGCUACUUGCUGCUCCGGUUCUCAACCCAGGAGCAGCGUUGGUGGGCCGGCCCCACGGGGGGCAGCAAGGACCGCACAGCUGAGAUGGUGGCUGUCAAUGGCUUUCUCUACCGUUUUGACCUCAACCGCAGCCUGGGCAUCAGCGUGUACCGCUGCAGCGCCAGCACCCGCCUCUGGUAUGAGUGCGCCACAUACCGCUUGCCUUACCCCGAUGCCUUCCAGUGCGCCGUGGUGGAUGAUCAUAUAUACUGUGUGGGACGCAGGCACAUGCUCUGCUUCCUGGCCGACCACAUCUCGCCCAGGUUUGUGCCUAAGGAGCUACAGGGUUUCCCUGCUCCGCGGGGCACCCUGCUGCCUGCCGUCCUGACCCUGCCUGUCCCUGAUGUGCCCCAGACCCCUGUCUAGCAGCCCCUCUGCUGGGCUCCAUCGGGAUGCAGCAAAAUUCUCCGCCCAUCACUCUGGGUAAGAGGUGGGCAGGAACUCGGCCGUGGGGUGGAAAGUUAUCUCUCCUCCACCACAGGCUACAGGGCCUUGGAGGAUUCUUCAACCCCCACAGUCCGCAGGAAUGCUACAACAGCGAAGUCAGGGCCCAGCAUUCCAGGACAGCGGGUGUGACAACGGCUUGAGUGACUGACCAGCACUGUCCUGCAAAUCAGAACUCCUGGCGGGGGCUAUUUGAGGACCCCACUGGAACUCAGGGCCAUAGUCUUAUCCUAAUCACAGUUCCAGGUGCCAGGGGACUCCCCAGGGGGCCCCUCAAGCGCUUAGCUUUCUGUGACCACAUUCCUAAGCCUUGGGGCCCACCUUUGCAGCUUCUAGAACAACUGAAGGAGGAGGUUUGGGCAGGAGCAGGAAGGAGCUCAGGAUAGCCCCGAGAUUCAGCCAGAAGGACCGGCUAAAGCAGAAGGCACCCACAGGGACGCCUGUGUGCAGAACAUAUUGACCAAGGACCACUUUUCUUUCUUGGUUACCUCAAGUUCCGUGUGCUGGGAGGAAGAGAAGCAUCCAUCUCAGCAGGAGUUCUGUUUGAAUAUUAGUCAUUGCACCGCUGAGGUCUUGGGAGACAGGGUACUGAUGUGGUUCCAGACUCCCUUUUUCCAGACCACAGCCAUGCCCUAGACUACCACCUGAUCACAACACUCUCCCCAGAGUUCAGAAUCCUCUCUGCCUGCUGGCCAGGACGGCCACCACUAUUCAUCUCGACAGCAUGGCCUUCUCUGUGUCUGGUAGCCAUCUUGUCUGCUUUGUCAGAUGGGAAGGAACGGGGAGAAGAAGCAGGUCCAGGAUGGAGCUAAGGAGAUGGAAGGCCCCAGUGGAACAUCCAGGCUCUCAAUCUUUUACAUCCGAGGAGACCCAGUUCCAGGAAGAAAGACAGAGAGCCUGGUCCAACCUUUCACACCACUGUGCCCUUGUUCCAUUCUGGGGGAAACAAAGACGUUGGGAAGAAAGCAGUGAUGUUCUUGGAACCAGGCAGGAACCACGAGGGCUCUACCAAAACCAGAAGAGACAGGUCAAGUCCUAUCUGGAAGUGUGUGGCUGCCGAAACGAACAGCCUCGAGCGUUUACCUGGAAUUGGGGCUUCACCCCUUUUGAACUGCAGGGCCCACAGCUGACCUUGGUGAUGCCCCGUGAGAAAAAUCAAAGCUGACUGGUGAGAAGGAGUGGCCCAGGCAUCCUUCAUACAGAGUUCUCAGUGAAAUGACAUUGUCAACAUUGCACACGCUUGUGUACACAGCUCCUCACUACCACAGCCCCAUUGACUGGUGAGAAAAUGGAGCUCAGAGAACUUAAGGAAAUAUCUUCCCUCGAGGCAGAAUCAGAAGACUUUUCAUUUCUUUAAAGUACACUAGAGGAGCUGAGAGUGUGGCUUGGUCGAGUGCUUGCCUGGCAGGCGUGAAGCCCUGGGUUACAUCUCCAACAGUGCAUAAACCGGGUGUGGUGGGACCACAUCUAUAAACUUUGCACUCAGGAGGUGAAGACAGGAGAAUAUGAAGUUCAAGGUCAUCCUUGACUAUCUAGUAAGUUUGAGGUCAGUCCGGGGUUCUUGAGACCCUGUCUCAAAACCCCAAACAAACAAGUGUGCUGGACACCAGCCCCACCUCUGGGAUUUUUCUAACCUUGCUUUACCCAUGCCAAUCAAUCAUGCUCUGUUUAUGAACCUUCAACUCCAAAGAGAUUCUCUUCAUUCUCUCAAUGCCUACAUCUGCAAAGCAGGUUUGACCCCACCAAGCUCAAGGGGACGAUGUGAGACCAAGACUACUCCCUGUUAAGCCAACAGCCCAGGAACAGCUCCAGAACAUGCCCCAGAAGAACCCCCAGCUCUCCUGUAGAAUCCAACUGGACAAGGGGCCCCCCACCCCACCCCACCCCACCCCACCCCACCCCACCCUGUGUGUUCCACUCCCUUGCUCAGUGCCUGGGCCUCUGGUCUGUGAUUUCUCGAGAUGAAAGGUAGAUGUCCUAUUUUUAGGGUAUCUGGGUUUCAGGCACGUAAGCACCUGCUCUGCUCAGGCAGGGAGGGGAGUUCAGGACCAACCUGCUUUGCUGAUUGGUGGUUACCCAGGCCAGAACACUGCCAUUUUCUUUGGAUAACUUAGAGUGCAGAGCGUCAACCCUCCAGCUCCAAGUGGAGGGGCACCUUUCCCUUACAGGUUGGGAGUAACCACUCCUUGGGAAGAAGAGGGCACACCCUGGCCGGAAGAGACUCAGACACAGGCAUCUGGAGCUUCCUGCCUUUGUCAACCUUACCUGGAAGGGCCCUGUGGCUCUGCCUCGCCCCCAGAGUCCCCUGCAGCUGAAGCUCCACUUGGAAGCAGCCCCUAGGCAGACGUGAGGCUGCGGCAGAAAGAAGAAGAUGAAACCAGGGCAGGAGGCACCUUCAGGGAGCUGGGGAACAGAAGAAAAGGACAGCCUGGAGGGAAGACUCCGCAAACAGCUCCCAGCCUCGGGUCCUUUGAAAAGUGAGAAGCGGGUCAAAAUAAAACAAAAAAUGAGACAGUGA